AUGUAUGGAGACUUGGGUAUUAAACUGGUCCAACAUGCCAAAAGGACUCAGAAACUCGAGCAUCUCCCAGCAUACCAAACCGAAAUCGUACGAGCGGUAACCCGGGAGGUACGAGAUUUAGACAAGGACGUGUCGAAUAUACUUCAGUCCCACAAUGGUUCAAUAGAUCCAUCUGCCGAUCCUGCUACUGCCUGUACAUUGCUUGUUGACCAUCUCUGUAUGCGCCGGAACAAGCGAUGUCUUCUCGCCUACCACCGUACACGGACUGACAAGUUGGAGGAAAUGGUAUGGAGCGGCAACGAUGUUUCCGAUCUCGCAGAGCAGCAGCAGAGGCCUGGCAAUGGCCAAGGGUCUGCUGCAGACUUAGGGAACGUGGAAGGAAAUAGUAGCAGCCUAAGCCCCGAAGAGGAGGAGUAUGUGAGGCAGUACAGUGACUUGCUCGCUGCGUUCAAGGGUCAAUGGACAGACAUAGACUUGACAGGAAGUCUCGAACCCCCACGCGAUUUGUUCAUUGACGUGAGAGUGCUGAAGGACGCAGGUGAAAUUCAGACAGAAUAUGGUACCAUCAAUCUCACGAAGAACUCGCAAUUUUACGUUCGCCAAGGAGACGUAGAGAGGUUGAUUUCUCAAGGAUAUCUGCUGAAGCUUAGCUGA